AUGCAAUCAAACGCAAAGCCCUCCAACAAGAAGGGAUCCAUAGAAAAGAAGGUUCUCGCUCUCAAGGAGAGAAACGAGAUAUUGGAAGGAACCAACACACAACUCUCGAAUAUCAUAUCACAACAACAGCAAGAAAUUCGAACAUUGGAAACAGCGCUCGAGUUGGCUUCUGGAAAAGAUGCACAACAAUUCUACAACUUCGGGGCUUAUCAACUCGAAAAUCAAAAACUAAGAGAAGAAUAUCAGAGAAUACAUGCAGAGAUGGAGCAGCUUCAUUCCGAAAAUGAUUCAUUCGAAAAUGAGUUGGAAAUUAAAAAACAAGAAAUUGCAGAACUGGAAAUGCAAAAAGAAAACCUCAUGUCUCUUGUGGAGAAUCAAAACAAGGAAUUGUCUGCCUUCAAGAAUGUUUCCGAGUUGCUAAAAGAAAAGGCUUCUCUUCUCAAGAGAUCCGAUACAGAGCUUGUAAAAACACGCAAGGAAUUAGAGGGCCUCCGUUCUCAACUUCAAACCUUAGAACAAGAUCUUGUCUCUGAAAGAGAACAACGCGAGCAAGCAGAAAAGCGUUUUUCGGAACUGAAGCAAUCUUCGGAGAAUGAAACUGGAUCGCUGCGAGAGCAACUAGACACCUUUGCAGAUAUGAAUUUUAAAUAUCAAAAACAGUUGAAUGAGUUGAAAUCUGAAAAUGUCCAAAUGAGAGAAAUGUCAGACACAAUGUCUCUCAAAACGAAGGAGCUUGAAGAGGUUAUAAAAUUACUUAAGGAAGAACGAAAGAGCUCUGAAGAAGAAUUAUGUAAUCGAUUGAAAGAAAGAAUUUCACAACUAACGCAACUUAACAGCGAGAAGGAUGCAAUUCUGAACUCGCAAAAGGAGCUUCAAUUCAAGCUGAUGGAAAAGGAGGAGGCGUUGAGACAAAAAGAAGAUCACUUGAACAAGUUGGAGCAGCAAAUCACAAACCAGGGAGAAAAUAAGAAGAUUAUGCAAAAAACAUUACUACAACAAUUGGAAACACUUCGGAAGGAGAUUCAAGACAAAGAUACUGAAAUAUCUAGCCUCAAAGAAUACAUUGAGAACAUGGAGAAGGACAAUAACAAGCUCAAAAUUCUAGUCAAGGCCUUAAAGAGAAAUCAAGAGCAACGGUCACAGCUUCUUGGAAAAGAAAAAGGAGUAACGGCAGUGUUGGGAGGAAGCUCUGUCAAUUCAUCCCAAAUUACGAAUGUUUCUGCAGUGGUGGAUACACAGGAAGAAGACGUUAAAAGCAUCUGUUCAUCCGUGUCCAACUAUGGAAGAGAAACUGAAAAGCAGCCCCCAUUGAGUGCAUCGUCCAAAACAGCAUCCACUAGAAUUGAUUCCAGCUAUGCAACCAUCUCUCCAAAGUCUGUCACCGAGCAAGACACUCCCACUCGUCAACUAAGCUAUGGAAGCCCAAGCAUGAACCAGUCACAACAAGGAGAAGAGACUCUGAAUGAAUCGGAGGUUUCAGUGGAUGAAAGAACCACUGCCAGUGUCACAGCUCCAAUUAAUUCUACUAAUAAGCAUCAGUCCAUCUCAUCAGAUGUAAUCGUACCCCAACAACAGCCUCAAGAACAAACCAAACCAGCUUCAUUUACAUCCACAAAACCUUCUCUCAAAGUGGUGAACACUGCUGCCGUGCCAACUGUCCUCAACACCAAUUUAAUGAUCAACAACACUUACAUGCACCCAUCAAUAUCCAUGAAUAUGGCCGCGUCUUCAACUGUGAAUAAUGAGAAUGUUGGUGUGACCUCAAUGAAGCCAACACUUCUUGAAAAAGCAAAUUCAACUCCUAACAAAUCUUCCCAUCAACAAAAUGGCAACCAAAACCCUUCUAAUGCAACCUCAAGAAAACCUCUUGCACUCAUUUCAAAUAAUAGCAACAUGAACAACAGCCAACAAGUGCUGUCAAGUAUUCAACAGCCCAUAAAGAAGACAACAUCCACCUUUAAGCAGUACAACAAUGCCUCUCCACUUCCAACUCCUCAACACCAUAUGCCAGCUUCAAAAACCUUGGAUGAGCUAGCAGCGACACCUUCACCAUUUUCUAACUUUUCACAAACCAAAAAAGAAAUGGACAUGAGUGUUUUAAGCACGCCUACAUUCCAGAGAAUGGAUCUCUUUGAAUUGGCAGAAAUGAAAUGA